GGAGUCAAAUAACAUGUACCAUCAUAGAUAUACAGACUCUGAGCAUGUGUAUAAGGGACAAAACACUAGGGUGGAGAUGCACAGGACAGCACAUUUCAAGGUUCCUGACCACCAGCAGGUGAAAACCAUACACGUCCCCAAGUCCAUGAUGACUGCACCAUUUCUACAGCAUCCAACCCUCACAACUGGACAGAAACGAUAUCUCUACAGUAUUGCAAAUGUCUACAGCACAGAGCACAUGAGGCGACUGAUGAAGCAACGCUAUCUCAAUGUGCUGCACCUGUGUAUUAAAUCAGGUCAUAGCUCUUUGGAUGGAACCAAACAUACUACUGGAGGUCCACUACUUAAAGAUCGGCUCACGUUAAAGAUGGACAAUGAGAGAGAUUCUGGAUCUAGGAUCAAGCCAUAUGGACAGAAGAAGGGCACCACAGUGCACUCUAAAGUUAUCCUCCCAAAGAUUACCAACAGUCACAGUGAAAGAUUAGUGGAAUCUGUGUGGGUUGCUGGACAGGUAGGAUGACUGACAGUGAAGG